AUGGCUCGUCCGCGAGGCUACUCGGGUGCUGAUAGCUCCAAAGAACCGCAUGCGGUCUCCCUAAAAGUAAGGCUGUCGCGGCCUUCACUAUCCAACCAAUAUCCCCUUCCGGCUGCAAACACCAAGAUCUCAAGGAAAGCGUCCCUGAGCUACCCAUCCGACAGUACCGAUGACAAGUUCAUCCUGAGUCCUAACCUAACUCUACCGCCCUCCUUUGGGUCGGCAUACGUCGGGGAGACAUUCGCCUGCACGCUCAGCGCCAACAAUGAGCUCCCGGAGGACGAGACCUCGCGCGUCGUCACGUCCGUCCGCAUCGUCGCUGAAAUGCAGACUCCCUCCCAGGUAGCCUCGCUAGACCUGGAACCGGCCAACGAUCCAGCCCAAACAGAAGGCCUGCAGAGGGGACAAUCCCUGCAGAAAAUCGUGCGCUUCGAUCUCAAAGAAGAAGGGAAUCACAUCCUGGCCGUCAGCAUCAGCUACACCGAGACGCUGAUCGGGUCUGACGCGCAGGCUGCAAGCGGCCGGGUCAGGACAUUCCGUAAACUGUACCAGUUUGUUGCGCAGCCGUGUCUCAGUGUCCGGACGAAAUCCUCGGAGCUGGCUCCGUUGGAGGUGGAGAAUAAGGCGUUGGGACCGUAUGGGAAAACCCGCCUUCUGCGAUUCGCUCUGGAAGCGCAGUUGGAGAAUGUGGGGGAUGGCACCGUAGUGGUCAAGGUUUGUGGAUGGGGUAUUUUACUGAAGAUAUCAUUUCUGACAGCAAGACAGCAAACGAAACUCAAUCCGAAACCGCCGUUCAGAGCCGUUUCCUUGAACUGGGACCUGGAGAGGCCGGAUAAGGUCGACUCCCAGCCGCCCACGCUGAACCCACGGGAUGUACUGCAGGUUGCAUUCUUAGUAGAGCAGGAAGAAGGGCAGCAAGAGGGACUCGAAGCUUUGCAAAAGGACCUGAGACGAGAUGGCAGGGCAGUUCUGGGACAGCUUUCGAUUGAAUGGAGGGGUGCUGUGGGUGACAAGGGGUUCUUGACUACUGGGAAUCUGUUGACAAGAAGGCGAUCUUGA